AUGGAUAUCGCCAUUGAUAACACCGCGACUGUCCAAGUCAUAAGACAGCAGCUCGAGUCCAACAUCAAAGUCCUAUACCCUUACGAGACUGGAAUAAUGGUUGCUUUCUGUCGUCGCGAUGGUGGACUCUACGAAGCUUCGCUUAUCAAGUUAGAAGGCACUCGGACAGCAGUCUUGCAUCGAAGCGAUGAAUAUGGUGAAAUGGAAGAGGCCCUGCGAGAGCUUUUGGAGCAUACCAUGACUGAACUUCACCUCAAGAUACGGGUAGAUAACCCCGACCUUGCAUAUUAUUAG